CCUUUUAUUUGCUUUCUCUUUGCUCAAGCCUGCCGUUAUUUUGCUUAUUUAAGAAGAGUGGAUUACAUUUCGUUCUACUUUCUCCUCCAUAAAUUAAAUAACCUUUGGAAAUUGCUUCUUCUCAUAUACAUAACAUUGUUGUGGAAAAAAACAAUACGUAAAUUCAGAUCUGGAUGAACUUUGAGUUUUGCAAAAUUGGAGAAUACAAAAAGGUGGAAAUGUGGUUGGAUGCAUUUUCCGAUACUCAAGCCACACUUUACACCUUUCCUGGAUGCGUUGCCACUGCAGAUUUGACUGGAGAUGGUGAUUACAGACUAAUUGUGGGAGAUAUUGGAUCUGGUCAUGUCCCGUCAAAACUUAAAGUUUACAAAGGAACUGGGCUGAGUUCCGAAAUCAAUCUGCAGGAUGCACCAACUGCAGUGGCUCCGAUGUACAUUGACUAUGAAACGCCUCGACAACCUGUUGUGACCGUAGCCACUGCAGAAUACAUUUACGUCUAUAAGAACUUGCGACCAUUCUUCAGAGCCGUUUUACCUCCUUUGCCUAUUAAUCAAGUGGAACGGGACAUUUGGACGCAGUAUGAAUCCGUGGAACCACUCCACGAAAUGCUGGCAAACCUUCAAAGUUCGGUAGGAGUGUCGGCUUUAACGUUAAAAACGCAACAUUUAUUAGCACUUCCCCACCAUGAGCGAACUGCUUUCGUCGAAGCCCAAAAAGGAUCUCCUCUCCUUCGUAAAACGGUCAUCACUUGUAUGAGCACGUUGAAAAAGUCUCACAACGACGAUGACGCCUUGGCGUGCCUUGUAAUUGGGACGGAAAACUGUGAGAUUUUUAUCUUGCAUCCUGAGACGUUUACUCCAAUAGAUGAAGCAAAGCUCACCCUGACGGAUGUCCCAGCCUUCCUGUCGACCAGUGGACUUUUUGACAUCGACUACACAUUAACAUGCACCACGAGAACUGGACAACUCCUUCUCGGUCGGAGGGGCUACGUGGCCCCACUGAUGAAUCUGUCCAAGCCACCCGUGGGUGUAGUCUGCCUGGAAACUUCGGUGGUUGUCGCCUUGAUGGAUUCGACACUAAAUUGUUACAGUGAUAAAGGGUACCGCCACUGGAGUGUGGGGGCUGCGUCCCCUAUUACCUGCGUUCAAAGGGUGCAGCUUCGUCAAAAAAAUUUAGACCUGAUUGGUGUCGGUUUGCACAAUGGGAAUGUCUCAAUGUACACAACGAGUGGAGAGUUGGUGGACACGAUCCCGUUUCCAGAACCAAUUUCUGUCGUAUAUUUUGGUCAAUAUGGGAGAGAAACUAAUAGUUUGGUAGUUAUUACGCAAGGGGGCAGUUUACAUGUCAAGAUAUUAAAGCGAAGUGCAGAUUUCACUCCACAACUUAAAGAAAAGAGUUCAACCGUGUCUGGAAAAAUGGUUAUUCCCAAGAAGACAAAACUCUUUGUAGAUCAGACGAUGAGAGAGAGAGAAAAUUCCAUAACAAUGCACCGAGCAUUUCAGAGGGAUGCAUUCAGACUCAAAUUGGAAACUGCUCGAAGUCUAGCUCACGUUCUAAACACGAAACAAAUCCCUGUUCAAGAAACUGUGAAACUGUCGGCAGAAGUUUUAGGGUUGGGACCAACGUUUACAGUUAAAAUCGGGAUACAAAAUAUUGGUCCCAAUUCUAGUGCUGCUUCUGGAGGUAUUUGCGACCUGGCCUUAUUUUUUCAUUGGGACGACAAAUACUAUGACGUCCGACCGCCCAUGAUUAAUGUCCCAUUCUUGGUCCCUGGUGUGGAAAUCCAACUUGUCUCAAAGGUGGAAGCUGUGAGUACUAGCGGAUUGGCUGACGUGGUCAGAGUCGUCGUUUUCAAGAAGAAACAAGGACAGCCACUCUUGGUGGCAAUGAUUAAUAUGCCUCCGAGUGAAAUGACGGUUCUAUAAGUUAACUUUUCUUUGACAGUGACCUAUGUACUAAUAAAGAAAUAAUGAGUUGCAUGCAUGCAACUCAUGAGCAAAAAGUUCCAGACGUAUUUAAUGGCAUCAGUUAGCAUUGACAACUUGCAUAAAAGAUUGUGAGCAUACAAAUUAACAAUAAAUCACCAAUAUGAGUUU